UGCAUUACGCAAGCGGAUCAUAUUCAGCAGCCGAGCUGCAGUGACAAGCGGCUUACGGAGGAGAAACACACAGCUGCGCUGCGUGGAGUCAGCGUAACUCCCUCCCACCCUCCCUCUCGGUCUCUGAUCCUCUGGAGGAGCGAGCAGCCUCUGCUGUUGGAAGCGCAGGAGAGCCUCUGGAGUCACCAAGGACCGGCGGAUAUGACCGACUGACAUUCACACUCUCUUUCUCAUUUUUAACCCCAGACUUCAAUGGCUUUGAAAGAGAGCCUCCUCACCUGGGGUUUCCUGCUGUGGUCUCUGACGUGGAGCUUGGCUCGGACUUUUACGCCACAUGAAGGGUCUUCGGUCAGUCCCGUUUUUCAUCAGACCACUCCACCUGCCACUGAGACGGAGAUGAACAGCACUGAGGCUCUCACCAACAAUUACACAGACCUGAGCUGCGUGUCGCUGCUGCCCCCUCGGCGAGGUUCUUUCUAUGUAGAGAAGGGCACAGGGAUGUCUGUGGGGACGGUGUUGGCGUUCUGGUGCCUCGAGGGGUACCAGCUGGUGGGCAGCGAGAAAAUCACGUGUGUCCUGCGUAGCAACACCGCUCAGUGGAGCAACUACCCGCCAGACUGCGAGGCCAUUCCCAAACCAGAGGACCGCGGGCUGAGAGUGGCCGUGCUGGCAUCGAUAGUGAGCAGCAUCGUCAUCUUUGCCAUGUCCGUGUCCUUCAUUAUCUGCUGCCUGCAGGAGCGCAUGAGCAAAGAGAGGGCAGGACGGGCAGAUGGACGGGGCAGGAUGAGAAACAAGCGCAAAUCACCCUGGAGGAGUGAGUGCUGGCUGGAAAGAGAUGAAGGAGACUGGGAAGCUUUUCCUCCACCUAAAAUUUACAAUCUUUCCCAGCACCUUGACCCCAAUCUGACCCCUGAGACCCCGGUCUAUAUGGGGGGACUGGCUGGUUAUGAUAACCGCGGCUAUCAGAGAAGUCAGGAAAACCUCAUGAAAGCUCCUCUUCCUGGGCUUUACCGGACAGAAAGUCAGAUGUAUCCUCAUGUGGUCCUGCAGAGGGUGCCCACACCCACUGUCCCGACUGCACCCAGCGCGCCCAUCUACCUCCGCCUCUCCACCCCUCCGCCCACAGAAAGCCCCAGCGAACAGCCCGUUCUGCCGCCGUACCCCGGUGCCACUCCACAGCGCCUGUGGCCAUAGCAGCACAUUUUUGAGUAUUCACAACUUUUACAACUGUCACCAUGGCCACGGAUUACGGCCUCUACAUGCAAACGUCUCCUGUAGGGUGACUGGGGUUCAGAAGAAGCAAGAGAAAUGAUGGACUCAAGCAAGAGCCACCUAGAUCUCUACACAGCACUAGAUCUCUAGACGUUGUGUGGGUCUCUGCAUAGUAGUUACAUUUAGUAUGUUGCAUACUGUAUAAGAACAUUUCUGAACAACUAUAUAGUUUCUUGGACAGGAAAGAUCCGUACUGGUAUACUGUGAUCCACUCCAGGUUUUAUUUUCAGCUAGUUCUUUUUUUUUUGUGUCAAAGGUUCAACUAAAAUGUAAAUAUCCAGCCAUGUCAGGUCACAUUAUUAUGUUUAUGUUUAUUAUGGAGGUUUAUACGAGUUGCAUUGAUGUCCUGAUUACGGACAGACGUUGGGAUCUCAUAAACCUAUUACUUAAAACUUGAUUUUGUUUAAAACUAAAAAACUAAUAAUAUUAAAAAGAUUCAAAUUAU